ACUGUACGGGCACCGAUCGACCUGACCCCGCGGUCAACUUAGAUAAAUAUGUUUUUAAAGUAAACAACUGUCCAUUUCGCUAUCGAUAGUAACACAGUGAAGUCUCUUCACUGGCUUCAAAUAGUCUAAUGAGAACGGACGAAAAAGAACAAACAGUUAACGUCAAAAGUGAUAAAUCAGAAAAUAAACAAGAACCGAGAAUGCCGAACAUCAAAGUUUUCACCGGAAGCUCCCAUCCUGAUAUUGCGAAGAAAAUCGCCGAUCGACUCGGCAUCGAUUUAGGACGAGCGACGACCAAGAAGUUCAGUAAUAAAGAAACAAAUGUGGAAAUAGGAGAAUCUGUAAGAGGUGAGGACGUGUACAUUGUACAAAGUGGUUGUGGAGAAAUAAACGACAAUCUAAUGGAACUCUUGAUCAUGAUUAACGCCUGCAAAAUAGCAUCUGCGUCUCGUGUGACAGCUGUCAUUCCUUGUUUCCCCUACUCAAGACAAGACAAAAAGGAAAAAAGUCGUGCACCAAUAACUGCAAAACUCCUCGCAAAUCUUAUCUCGGUAUCUGGGGCGGACCAUGUUAUUACAAUAGAUUUACACGCGUCCCAGAUUCAAGGUUUCUUCAACAUACCCGUGGAUAACUUGUACGCAGAGCCAGCUAUAACUAAAUGGAUCAAGGACAAUAUACCGGAAUGGAAGAGUAGUGUUAUGGUAUCACCCGAUGCAGGAGGUGUGAAACGAAUGACGUCUAUUGCAGAUAACCUUGAUAUAGACUUUGCAAUCAUUCAUAAAGAGAGACAGAAAGCUAACGAAGAGGAUUCAACUGUUUUAGUUGGUGAUGUUAGAAAUAGAACAGCAAUUAUGGUCGACGAUCUAGCGGAUACUUGCGAUACGAUUGUAAAAGGAGCUGAAAAGCUACGAGAGGCGGGUGCCAACAAGAUCUAUGCAAUUUUAACUCAUGGAGUGCUCGCGGGGAAUGCUAUAGAUAAAAUCAACAAUUCAUGUUUAGAGGCGUUAGUUGUUACGAAUACGAUACCGCAAGACAGACACAUGAAGCAAUGUCCUAAAUUGCAAACCAUAGAUAUUUCUGUCAUGUUAGCUGAAGCUAUAAGACGUACGCAUUACGCAGAAUCUGUUUCGUAUUUAUUUUCAAAUGUACCCUACUAAUAUUAAGAAAAAUAAAAUCUCUUUUGUUAAUUAACAUUUGUAUUAAAUUUAUCGCUUUCCGUAUAUUCUUUAAAGCAACUUCUUUUUACAUUUAUUUACC